GAUGAGGGGAGGGCUCUAGACACAGAUAGGGUUACUGCUCAGCGCUGUCUGCUCUUACACUGGCCGCCUUUCUCCCUCGCUGAUGUCAUUGUUUGACGUUUUCUUGGUCGUUACUGGGCGAGUCGUCGCUUCCACCGUCGGACGAUCCACUGCUUGGCCAUCAUCAUCAUCAUCAUCAUCAUCAUCAUCAUCAUCAUCAGCUAGUCUCGGCCAUCUCCCCUACGGGGCGGCAGCGAAGACGCGCGACCACGAACACGGGGCGCUCGCUUUAACGCAGGAAGGUCGGACGAUUCUGUGGACUGUCGGCUUUUCGGCGCCUCUGAACAGUCGGCGAAGUGGAUAGUUUUUGUCAACUUUUCCAAAGUGCCCCACGUUACAUUUUUAUUGUCUUUGUGUCGAGAAGAUAAUACGGACGAGUGACAGAUACUUAGACAGUUCUGCACUUCGCAAGAGUAGGGAGCGAGAGAGAGAGUCUAAACCAUAUUUCAGCAACUUAAGUGGCUACCUUUGCGUCAUCUUGAGGAACUGACUCCGCUCACUCCGCACGUAUUUAUUAGGGGUGCAGCGAUGUGGCCCGGGGCUGUGAUUGGCUGUGCGCUACUCGCACUGUGUUCAGCGGCUCCGCCGGCACACAUCAACCGCUUGGCACUUUUCCCUGACAAGAGUGCCUGGUGUGAAGCCAAGAACAUCACUCAGAUAGUCGGGCACACGGGCUGCCAGGCGCGUUCCAUCCAAAACAGGGCAUGUUUGGGGCAGUGCUUUAGCUACAGUGUGCCCAACACUUUCCCCCAGUCCACCGAGUCCUUAGUGCACUGUGACUCCUGCAUGCCAGCUCAGACCCAGUGGGAAGUGGUCACUCUGGAGUGUCCGGGCAGUACUGACUCUCCCCGGGUAGACAAGCUAGUAGAGCAGAUCUUACACUGCAGCUGCCAGUCCUGCAGUAAGGAGGCCGGCCAGGAGGGGCCGCUGAUGCAGCUGUACCCCUUGGAGAGCGCGCUGGAGUCUCCCUCUCCUCCUGACGCACAGCUACAGCAUGCUCAUACACAGUUCGAGGCACAUGCGCACACACACAGCCCUGAGGGUGGAUGAUCAGGAGCUCUACACGUCCACAUCCACCUCCAACCCACGGCUGCUCUCCUCGUACAACACAAGCUCUUUUCUUUCUCUUUCAUGAUUUCAGUCUCUGCCUCUCGGUUUUUUGUUUUUUUUUUCUUCCUCUCAGCACCUCUUCUUCUCACCCACCCCUCUCGGUGAAUUUUAAAGCACUUUUAAAAAUAACACCCUUAUUAAUACUCUUCUGCUUAAUACCAACCAAUCACAAGCUGUGUCUGAUUUCCACCAACCUCUCUGUUCUCUCAGGGGGCAUUGGCUGAAAACUUAAAUAGCACACACAUGCACACCCUGUUUUAUGUCAUAUACAAAUUCUGAGCAUAAACUCAAGUAUAAACCAGUAUAUAUAUAUGGUAUAGAACAUCCAUAAAUGCCUAGAAUCAAACACUUGUUCACUCAAACACACAUGCAAAUUCCCUGGCUUGUUUUGUUUGUGUGUCACAAAUGUAUGCCUCUAAACAAUAAAUAAUCAGAAUGUGUGUCUAAAUGUC